AUGUCCGACUCUCCUCGCGGUGUCGGUCAUACCGACUCGAUAGACUCCCACGACUCGGCCCCGAAGCAGCCGGAGAAGAAGAAGAGUCGUCGGCCGGCGAAUACCGCCUUUCGCCAGCAGCGGCUCAAGGCAUGGCAGCCCAUCCUGACGCCCAAGACCGUGCUGCCCUUGUUCUUCACCAUCGGCGUCAUCUUCGCUCCCAUCGGCGGCUUGCUGCUGUACGCGAGCGCCCAGGUGCAAGAAAUCUCCCUCGACUACACUAGCUGCGUGACGACGGCGCCCAACCUGGCGACCGAGCAGUUCGCGAGCAUGCCGAGCGGCAACGUCAAUACGCAGUUCAAGGGCCCCAACAAGAGCAUCGAUGCCCAGUGGGGCGUCAUGAAAGGCCUCAACGUCACGCUGCCCUCGGGCGUCAACGUCACCACCGACCGCUGCAUCUUGCGAUUCAACAUCCCCGAGAACAUGGGCCCGCCCGUGCUCUUCUACUACCACCUCACCAACUUUUACCAAAACCAUCGUCGGUACGUCGACUCGUUUGACCAGCAGCAGCUCAAGGGGGACGUCCGAACCUACGACGACAUCCACAGCUCCAAGUGCACCCCGCUCUACGGCGAGUGGAAAGAUGGCGAGCAGCUGCCGUACUACCCGUGCGGUCUCAUCGCCAACUCCAUGUUCAACGACACCUAUUCGAGCCCCGUGCUCCUGAACCCGCCCGGUGCCAAGGGCAACGAGACGCGGCCCUACAACAUGACGACGGACGGAAUUGCCUGGGCUAGCGACAAGGAGCUGUACGGUCCGACCAAGUACAACCUCUCGCGGAUCCUGCCCCCGCCCAACUGGGCGAAGCGCUAUCCCGAAAACUACACCACCGACAACCCGCCGCCGAACCUGCAGGAGUGGGAGGCUUUCCAGGUCUGGAUGAGAACGGCCGGCCUGCCGGCCUUUAGCAAGCUGUACCAGCGAAACGACACGGCCGCCAUGACAAAUGGUCGCUACGAAAUCGUCAUCGAUGACCACUUUCCCACGCUCGAGUACAAGGGAACAAAGUCGAUCCUCAUCACCACCCGCACCGUCAUGGGCGGCCGCAAUAAUUUCCUCGGCAUUGCUUACAUUGCCGUCGGCGGCGUGUGCAUUCUUCUCGGCGCCCUGUUCACCGCCACGCAUCUCAUCAAACCGAGGUCAGCUCUCCACGUUUCCUUGACCCCCCCCCCCCUUCCAGCGUCCCACUCACCAACUGUUUCGCGCAGAAAACUGGGCGAUCACACCUACCUCUCGUGGAAUAAUGUUCCGGCGUCGAAAGCAGGCCCGAGCACCGCCAGAGCGACCGGUCGUGAAGUUCGUCCCGGCGACGCCUAG